AUGGAUCCAGCUUCAUGUAACCUUACUUCUGUCAAUGGCUUCUACAACUUGCUUACGCGAGAACUUGAUGAACUUGAUCAGAGUUUCCUAUCUCACAACUUCAUCUCUAUUCAAUUCCUUUCGAAAGUUCUAUCCUCUCUCCAAUCUAUCCACUCCCAGUUAACCACUCUGGUUCAAAAGCUUCACCUUCCUGUAGGAGAAAAGUGGCUUGACGAGUACAUGGAUGAAAGCUCCAGGCUCUGGGAAGCUUGUCAUAUACUCAAAUCAGGUGUUUCAGGAAUGGAAAAUUAUCACUCCUCCGGAGCCAAUAUAGCUUCGUCUCUCGAUGGUAAUCAUCACCAUUUGAAUGCACAAGUUUCACGUCAGGUCAUUCGUGCAAUCAUGGGAUGUCAAAGGGAGAUUAUGGGGUUGGAAGAGAAUAAUAAGAGCUUGAUAGAAACAAGAGUUGAAGCAUUAUCACUGCAGUUUGAUUUAGGAAACAGUAACCAUGUUGUAAUGAUUGAUCAAUCGAGCUGGUGCAACGCAUUCAAUGGAUUUCGAGGGGUUCUAUACGCAACGAAGAAUGUUAACUCGUUCCUUCUAAUGAUCUUGUUUUCUGGGCUAGUAUAUUGCUGGCCAGCUUCUUGGCAAGGAGCAGCUGAUCCGCAUGACAGGCACAUGAUAUUUGGUUCAUCCUUUAUGGUUUCAAUAGCAAGAUUGCAGCAAAGAGUGGCAAAUGAGAUGGAACAAAUUGGUUCUGGACAAUCAGCUUCAGCUGGCAUCAUACUUUACGAGUUUAAGCAAGCGAAAAUGGCAAUGGAAGAGCUCAAAGUAGAGAUGGAGAGUGCUGUUGUGGAUCAGCAUGAAUUAGAGAUUGACAUCCAGGACAAGGUCGAUAGCUUGAAGAGUUGCUUUGGGUUGUUGAGAUGUGGGGUUGAGACUAUAAUUGGACAAAUUGAUGAUUUCUUUGAUGAAAUAGUCGAAGGGAGAAAGAAGCUUUUGGGCAUGUGCUCUCAUCAGUCUCAUAGGUAG